GGGGGGGGGGGGGGGGGAAAUGGACGCUUGUUUUCCUUCUGUUAUAAUUUGAAUUAAGUUGUUAUUUGAGAAGUUGUUUCUGUUUUAAGUUGUGGGCAAGAUACUAUGUUUUCUUUAAGUUUUAAAGACAUUGGAUUCGCUGCAUAACUAUUUGUCAAAGUGAACUAGUUCAAAGACUAAUUAACUGUCACAAGAGCAUUUAAGUUUAUUUAUGAGUUCAUCUCAAAGUUUAUGUGCUAUGUAUCUGUUACAAGAGCAUUAUGUUAAUGUUUUAAGUGAUUAUGUAAUGCCUCAUGAGUGUUAAAAUUUUUAUCACUCUGAUAUUUGCAAUACAUAUGCCGUUUAGAAUUGGGGUGUUACAUUAGUGGUAUCAGAGCAAUGGUUGGUCAGAGACCAAGUUUUUAGUAUAAUAUAUAUUCUAAUACUUACUGAUACUCGAUAUGUGUAAGUAGCACUAUCGAGCUGUUGUUUGAUAAGAGUUGUUGGCUGUUUGGAGAUUCAGGAAAAUGGUUGCCGGAAGGAAUGAUGAAGCUAUCGCUGAGGCAUUGGCAAUGUUGGCUGGCGCCAUUGGGCAAGGUCAGCAAGCGAACCUUGGGAACCAUAAUCAGGAUGAAUUCCGUGCUUUGGGAAAGUUUCAGAGGAACAAUCCGCCAACCUUUGAAGGAGCAUACGACCCUGACAAAGCACAGGCAUGGCUGAAAGCAAUUGAGAAGAUCUUUCGAGUCAUGAAUUGUACUGACGCGCAGAAGGUGCAGUUUGGCACCCAUAUGCUUGAGAAAGAAGCUGAAGAUUGGUGGGACAACACUGUUCAGAGGUUUGAAGGUGAUGGGAUGGAGAUUACUUGGGAUCUUUUCAAGGGUGCAUUUCUGGAGAAGUACUAUCCAGAAGAUGUGCGUGGAAAGAAGGAAAUUGAGUUUCUUGAACUGAAGCAGGGUAAUGGAACCGUGGCGGAGUAUGCUACAAAGUUUGAGGAAUUGAUUAAGUUUUGUCCCCACUACAAUACUGCCGAAGCUGAGAGAUCUAAGUGUAACAAGUUUGUGAAUGGUUUGAGACCUGAGAUCAAGAAUGCUGUGGGAUAUCAACAGAUUAUCCGAUUUUCUGACCUGGUUAACAGGAGUAGGAUAUAUGAUGAGGAUAGCAGGGAAAGUGCUGCUCACUACAAGUCUUUGAAAGAGAAGAAAGAAAAGGGGCAAUUCAGAGGGAAACCGUAUGGGAAUCCUGCUGAUAAGGGUAAACAAGAAGCUGGUCAUGACAAGAAGCCGAGUGGGGGAGGAGCUCCUAAUCCGGUUAGGUGCUACAAGUGUGGUGUUGAAGGACAUCGUUCUCCUGAAUGUCCCAAUUCAGAAGCAACAUGAUUUAAGUGUGGCAAGCUGGGCCACAAAUCCUUUGAGUGCCUAGAAGGUAAAACUGUGGCAUGCUACAGAUGUGGAGAGUAAGGUCACAUCAGUACUAAUUGUGACAAACCCAAGAAGGAUCCUGCAAGGGGGAAGGUGUUUGCUUUAUCUGGUGCUGAGACUACUGCUGAGGAUAGACUAAUUCGAAGUAAUCAGGAGGAGUAGUCUAUAGCCUUUAUUUCGAGUUGGAGUCCUUGCUCUGAUACGUAG